CUGCCAGCACGCCAUAUUUGUGACAGCUGCUGUCAAACUGACAUUUGUGCGCUGGGCCUCUCUUUCGCUCUUUCUUCUACGAGCGUUCGCCAUACAAGAUGACGAAGGGUACCUCGAGCUUUGGUAAACGCCACAACAAGACGCACACUCUGUGCCGUCGCUGUGGACGCUCCUCCUACCACAUCCAGAAGUCCACUUGCGCCCAGUGCGGCUAUCCCGCUGCCAAGUUGCGUUCAUACAACUGGUCCGUCAAGGCCAAGAGGAGGAAGACCACCGGCACCGGCCGCAUGAGCCACCUGAAGGUGGUGCGCCGCCGUUUCCGCAACGGCUUCCGCGAGGGCACCCAGGCCAAGCCCAAGAAGGCUCAGUCCGGCAAAUAGACUCUCGGCUUCCGGGGGUGCAGCAGCAGCAGCAGUUACCACAAAUUAAACAUCCAGCAGCAGCAGCAACAACAACAACAAAAAAAAAA